CACAAACCCGUGACGCGCCGAACCGCUCAUUAGCCUCGUCUCCCGCGCCCUGAUUGGCGGGAUGGAGGAAGGGGGCGUGGUUACUGACUGGAUGGCUGGUCUGCAGGGAGGAGCCCUCGCCCCAACCCUGGCAAUUGAAGUUUACACUGACCGAGAGGUUCACGGCACCGUGGGGUCCAAGGUCCACCUGUCCUGCACAUUCUGGUCCAGCGAAUGGAUCUCAGACGACAUCUCGGUGACCUGGCACUACCAGCCGGACAACAGCAGGGACACCUAUUCGAUAUUUCACUUCAGCAAGGGACAAGCCCAUAUAGACGACACAGGGAUAUUUAAGGAUCGUAUAGAGUGGGUAGGGUACCCCCGGAGUAAGGACGGCUCCAUCAUCCUCCACAAUCUAGAAUAUUCCGACAACGGAACCUUCACCUGCGAUGUCAAGAACCCACCGGAUGUGGUUGGAAAGUCAUCGUAUGUUCACCUGCUGGUCUUUGAAAAAGGCCCGGUCCGCGCUGGCCUGGUCCUGGGCAUCAUUAUUGCGGCCGUCCUGGGGCUGGUGAUAAUCGUGGCAAUCCUGGCGUACCUCAUACGUUACUGCUGGCUGAGGAGACAGAUCCGGGUACAGAGGGAGCUCAGUGCCCUAGAAAGAGGGAAACUCCACAAACUAUCCAAACUCUCCAAAAGUGCCAGACAGGCCCCGCUCCUCUCCAUGUUAGACCAAUCCAGAAGCUUCAAAUCCAGCGAUAAGAAACCCAAAGGGAUCGGAGACUCCCGCAAAGACAGGAAAUAGCAAUUAGCAGGCAGGGAAGGUACACAUAAGGCAGAGUCGGAGUCCCCCCGAAGCUCCAAGGUGGUCUACACCAUCGAGAUGGAGCUGCGGGGAGACGAGGACGGGGAUCAGCCCCGCCGAGCCGCUGUAAAGUCUCCCAGCAAGAACAGCCUCAAAAACGCCUUAAAGAACUUAAUCAAAAGUGACUCAGAGAAACACCCUUAAUCCGUCCGAGAGCAGUGGGGCCCCGGGUGUGGACACUUCCACAUUGGUCGGGUCACACCCAACACCCCCCCCCGGAUCCCCACUGGUCUCGCACUGCGGCUAAUGCCUUAUCAUAACAUUUUGUGUAAAUCGUAGACCAUUGUGUAUCGUACCUUUCCCUGCGGGAAACUAGCAAGAACUUUCUGAGAAACCAAGAAUUACAGUAGGACUCCUCCAGGACACCGGGGGGCGCCAUCUUUAUCACUCUAGGGGUGGCUGCAAUGCCAUGUAAUGCAAACUCUACCCAACCAGAGCAGCACUCGGUUAUCAGCAGGAUGCGGGGUAACCAUGGUAGUCACCCACAUCUGGGAUUUGGGGUUCCUCCUGCUGGGACCUGUCUGGGGCCUCAGCCAAUCAGGUGAGGCCUUAUAACAAAGUCACCCUCGUGUACAAGUAUCGCCCUUUCUGCCUCUCUCCAGGGCGAUAUUUCUACAGCUUUAACCCCUUAGCCACCUACCAAUGUCUAAAGGGCUGUUAAGGCAUUAAUGGCUUCUUUUAACCCCAAAGCUGCUGCAUCGGCCAACUGCAGCGUCCAUUGUGGUUUAAAAGAAGAUAUUAAUAACCGGUACCGUAAAUCCCAGAAUAUAAGACACCCCAUCCCCAGGGGCAUCUGGUAGGGUGAUAAUACUGUAAAUAUUAGAUAUUAUACCCAGCAUUUGUCUUUACAUCAUGAUAUCGUAAAUAUCUGUAUAUACGACCAGCUUAGUUUAUCAGCGGACAUAUACUUGACUAUACCGUAAAUACCAGUUUAUAAGCCCAGCGUCAUUCAUCAACCUGAAGAGCUUCUAUGAGGUGAUGAUGCUUAACUCCAGUGUUAUAUACCAUAAAUCCUAGAAUAUAAAUCCUGCCUGAAUACAGUAAAUAACAGAAUAGAAAUCCUCCUUACCAUGUAGUCUCAGAUUGGCUGUUUAUACUUAAUCUUACCCUAAUACCGUAAGUAUCAGACUAUAGAGCCAGCAUGGUUCAUCAUGCUCCUGUGUGAUACCUGUUACCAUAUAUAUGAGAUUAUAGGGCUAUCAGGGUUAAUCACACACUAGUGCAGUGGUCUCCAACCUGCGGACCUCCAGA